AUGCCCUCAACGUCGCCGGCGCGAGAGCGCUUCCGCUCGCGGUCGCGCUCACCCGCCCCGAACAAUCAGCACAACACGCGGUCGCGCUCUCCCUCCCGAUCGCGCAGCAGAUCGCCCGUGCCGCCACGCAACGGCGGCGGCGGCGGCGGCGGAGGCCGACAUCGAGAUGACAGCCGUGAACGCAGCCGAAGCCAUAGCCGAAGCAGAAGUCGUAGCUACAGCCGCAGCCGCAGCCGCAGCCGCAGCUACAGUCGCGGGCGCAGCUAUAGCAGGAGCCCGAGCCGCCGCAGCGACAGCCGCAGUCGGAGAGGCAGCGAGGGGCCACUGGCGAAGAGCACAAAGAUUGUCGUGGAGCGUUUGACCAAGACCAUUAACGAGGACCAUCUGUACGAAAUCUUUGGCAAGUUCGGUCGCAUCAAGGACCUCGACCUUCCGGUCAACCGGACCUACAACACAAACAGAGGCACCGCAUAUAUUCUGUAUGACCACGAAACCGACGCCGAAGCCGCCAUUGCCAACAUGCACGAGGCUCAAGUCGACGGAGCCACCAUCAACGUCUCCAUUGUCCUUCCCCGGCGCAAGCUCUCCCCACCGCCGCCGACCGCCCGACGCGGCGCCAACAUUGACCCCCGCGUGCCCUACACAGGCGGCGGGGGGCGAGGCGGCGGCGGCGGACGACGUCGCGGAGGCGGCCCGCCCAUGUCUCCAUUAGGAGGAGGAGGAGGAGGCGGUGGCCGGUACGGACCUCGCUCGGAUGUAUAUCGCCCUGGAGGCGGCUCAUCGCGCUCCCAAUCCCCGCCGCCUGCGCGGGGCGGUGGCGGUGGCGGCGGCAGAUACAGGAACCGUUCACCAGCGUCGUAUUCGUCCCGGUCGCCGCCGCCCCGAAGAGGCAGUGGCGGCGGCGGCCAUGGCCGUCGGAGUCGCAGCAUAGACGCCCGUGAUGACCGCAGCCGAGGCGGAUAUUGA